AAUUAUAGGCGAAUCGCCGGCACCAGUAAGCGCUCUUGCAUCAUUUGCUAGAUUCAGAUCCCAUAAUGUCCAGUGACCUAAGUGACUUCUGCGCGCGCCUUCCUAUGGAAAUGAAGAGAAGGAUCGCCGGUUUGGAAGUGACAUGUCCCCUCGAAGCAGGAGCGAUGAAGCCUAUUUAAAACCUGCCAUACGAAAUUCCCCUACAACUCCCGUUUAACUAUAUUUCCUCUACAAAUUUGGUAUUCAAGUCAUUAUUCUAUUGUCCGAGAUCUUUGUUCAAUCCCCGCCCUUGUCAUAUAAAGGCGACUUGUUUCUUUUGCUCGUCUAUUGCACCUUCAGUGAUUUGUGUCGAUUGAACUUCUCAAAAUAGCCGAAAUGACUACCGUUUGGGUCGCGAUCUACAACCCGACUGACAAGCGAGACCCUUGUCACUGGGCGCUCUGGCUGAAAACAUCUGAUGAUCAAUCUGUGAUCCUCCAGGUUGGAGAUGAGAAGAACGGUCGCGGCUAUUACGUGGAGGAUCCUAUUUACAAGGAACCUAUGAGAUCCGCCAGAUUGGCCGAAGUUAUUGAUUGCGGGACCAUCCCCUCGAGCAAGCACAACCAGGCGGUUUUGCUGAUCCAGGCUCAUCCAGUGGACAAUCAGAGUACGACCUGGAACUGUCAGGCCUGGGUCAUAGAGAAUCUGGAGAAUCUGGAGCAGCAUGGUUUGCUGCAAGUUUCUCCAACUGUCAAAGCAAGCCUGCAAGCCAAGAGACAGAACUGGCAGUGAAAACAAGUCAUGUCUUUCUUUUUUAUACGCAAUGGAGAGAUACUGUACUAAGAGAUUUCGCCAUUUAAGAUUCAUGUUAGAGCAGGACCUUGAAUUGCGUUCUUGAAAAAUUGCUUUGUUAAUGCAGUGCAUUCCAAUAAAUUCUUCCAAUUCACUCUUUACUAGAAGCCUCCCUGGAAAACCGCUGUUUCUCUGGUGAAUUGACAUAGUCACGGCGCUCUGCUAGGAUAAUGAAACUUCCAACUCAUGGGUUCUUCCUAGGUAGCUAUCGACAAGAAUAAUCAGCAUGAGGAAGGAAGAAAGGAGGUA